AUGUAUCUUCUAAUGCCUCACUGCCUUCCUUCACCUCUCCCCCUGCAGCAGAGGGACCUGAACUCCUUCCUGUGGACUAUUCGCCGUGACCCCCCGGCCUACCUGUUUGGCACCAUCCACGUCCCCUACACCCGCGUCUGGGACUUCAUCCCAGACAACUCCAAGGCGGCCUUCCAGGCCAGCACCCGCGUCUAUUUUGAGCUGGACCUGACUGACCCCUACACCAUCUCAGCACUGGCCAGCUGCCAGCUGCUGCCGCACGGCGAGAACCUGCAGGACGUGCUGCCCCACGAGCUCUACUGGCGCCUGAAGCGCCAUCUGGACUACGUGAAGCUGAUGAUGCCGUCCUGGAUGACGCCUGCGCAGCGCGGCAAGGGGCUUUACGCCGACUACCUGUUCAACGCCAUCGCCGGCAACUGGGAGCGCAAGAGGCCGGUGUGGGUGAUGCUCAUGGUGAACUCGCUCACGGAGACGGACGUGCGCUCCCGGGGCGUACCUGUGCUCGACCUCUACCUGGCCCAGCAGGCCGAGAAAAUGAAGAAGAGCACCGGGGCCGUGGAGCGUGUGGAGGAGCAGUGCCAUCCGCUAAACGGGCUCAACUUCUCCCAGCUGCCCAACUUUAUCAACACCACCCUCCCGCCGCACGAACAGGUGACAGCCCAGGAGAUCGACAGCUACUUCCGCCAGGAGCUCAUCUACAAGAGGAACGAGCGGAUGGGGAAGAGGGUCAUGGCGCUUCUGCAGGAGAACGAAGACAAGAUCUGCUUCUUUGCCUUCGGAGCAGGUCACUUUCUGGGGAACAACACGGUCAUCGACGUCCUUCGGCAGGCAGGGCUGGAGGUAGAGCACACGCCUGCUGGGCAGACCAUCUACAGCCCUGUCACCCAGAGCCCAGUACCUCCACCUGAGGGGACUUCUGUAAGCCCCGCCCCAGUGACCCCAGCUGCUGCUGUCCCCGCGGCUCCCUCGGCGACCCCCACUGCCCCGCCAGAGGAGGAGGACCCAGCCCUGUCCCCACACCUCCUGCUCCCCGACAGCCUCAGCCAGCUGGAGGAGUUUGGGCGGCAGAAGAAAUGGCACAAGCGACAGAACAAACACCAGCGGCCGCGGCAGUUCAAUGACCUCUGGGUCCGCAUCGAGGACAGCACCACCGCCUCGCCACCCCCGCUACCCCUCCAGACCACGCACAGCUCCAGGACCGCCAAGCCCCCCUUCCAGCUCUCUGACCCGCUCCAGCAGCAGGAAGAGCUGGAGCCGGCCAGCAGCUCAGCGUCCAGCCAAUCCCAGCCGGCCCUGGGCCUCCUCCCCGCCGUCGUGGCCAGCAUCACAGCCCCCUUCCUCCUGCACACCCUCCGGCCCUCCUGACCUCGGCCGCCCGCCCAGUGCAGAGAAAGAAGCCAGAGAAACAACAGGAGGGUCUGCGGCCACACCCACUGCCCCUGCCAGCACCUGCAGGGGUGCCUGACACUCACGGGCAGUCCAGAUGGGAUCCGUUAGAACACUAGAGCUUUAUUGUACCCGAGUUACAUCUUCUUUUUUGUAGAAGGAUCUUAAUUUCCCAUAGUGCUAUGGGGCUCUUUUGUAAAAUAUGUGUCCAUAUUAAAACAAAAAAAUGUAUUUAUUCUACCGAUAAAACUAUUUUUAUGUGGCCAAUGUUAAUAACCCUUUAACUAGCCCCAGUGCCAACCCAGGAGGUGAACCCAGGUUGCCAGGACAUCUAUGACCUCAUGAGGACUUUGAACUGGCUGGCUCCUGGAUCAGUGGAAGCCUCCAGAGUCCGGGUUUGGCUUCCCCCACAGUGGGGACCUCAGAGGGAGGGGCAGGCAGACAGUCUUAGCUUUUGUGAAGCUGGAUUUGGGAGCCAGAGAUGUGAACGCUGACGGUCCUUCCUUCCCCUGGACGCAUCCUGGGGCUGGGAAGAUACUUUAGGAAAGAGAAUGCUGCUAUUUUGAAAACCCUGAGUGUCUGUGAACUGGCCCUCCAGAGCUCUUGGUAAGUGUUUCGACCAAAGCACUGGGAUGGGGGGGGGAUACUGGUGCUGAGGGAGGUGGUCCCUCAGCCCCAUGUGACAGAUGGUUAAAUGGAGCUGGUUAAACUCACCAAAGAGAGGAAGGUGGUUGCCCAAGGUCACAAAGCAAGCGGGAGAUCCAGGUUGUGAGUCCAGACCUCCCUGUUCUGGUACCAUUCAUCCACCUUGGCUUACAGGAGAGGCUGCUGAAGCCACGGCCAAAGGGAGUGAGCUGGGCUGAAGGAUAGGAGUGGGCACUGAAGGGCAGUUUUAGGGAUAGGCUCCGGGAGUCCUGUGAUAAUAAUACUCAGAAUGAGAGCUGCCUUUUGUCCAAAGCCUGCAGCGUGGCAGGCGCUGUGCACAUUCACUUCAUCAUGGAUCCUCAUGGCAGUUCUGUGAGAUGUGAUCAUCUCCAUUUCACAGAUGAGGAAACUGAGCCCCCAUAAGAGAUAAAAGGACUUGUUCAGUGUCACCCAGGCAGAAUGUGGCCUUAGAUCUAUCAUGUGGUCUUUGCCCAGGGAAGCUCCGAGGGAAGCAGUUCUCACCCCAGUGGGCCAGCACACGCGUCUUACUCCAGCCAAGGAGACCGCCUGGCCAAAGUUAUCAUGUUGGUCCCUCUAGCCAAAGGGCUCAGGCAGCAGGCCUUGCCGUGUGUCCCAUGUCCCGACUGGUCUUAUCUUGGAGCCAAUGAGAGACUUUCCCUCCAAAUCAGAGGUGGGGGUGGAGGACAGCUGUGAUCGGCCUGGAGAGGCCAAGGAGCCCAACACAGACAGGCCACUGAGACUUAGAGAAAUAGACCUAGUUCCUUGGUCCCCAAAGUGGUGGCCAAGAAGGCAGAGGACCCAGGUUGGCUGCCUCCCAGCCCUGAACCCUCUCUGGGCUGACAGCUCAUCAAUUUCAGAGUUCUGGAACCCGAGAGCAGAAAGGACCCUUCAUUUGACACAUAACAAUAGUGAGAGUGGAAAUAAGGCCCGGAGAGGAAAGGCGCUUCCCCAAGGCGGCACAGCUGGGCAGGUCUGCUGAUUCCCAGCUCAUUGCUCCCCAGUGCCACUGCACCAUGAGCUUCCCGGCAGGCCUGGUAGUGUCUGAUUAGACCAGUGCCGCUGGGCCCAGCUUGGCGGCUGUCUCCUUUCUGAGACGGUAGAAUUCUGGGUAGCUCUGGAUAGUCAGAGGCCCCACAAGCAUCUUGGCGGGCAGCUGAAUUCUUUUCAGCUCUGACCCAGAUGGCUGUGUUUGAACUUGAGACCGGGAGGAGCCCUGAGCUCUACAUCAGAGGGUCCAGCCAGCCCCGUGGGCACCACACUAUAAACUGAACUUGACCCAAGCCAGGGCUAGAGUCCGUUUACCCUUGGCAGAAAUGUGACUUCCUAUUUCUGAGCAGGAAGGGACUUAACUGACUUAUAAAGCAGGCUCAGAAGGCCUGUUGGACAUCAAACAGAUCGUGCAGAGUGCUAUUUGGAUGAGAUAAGUGUAAAGGAAUUAGAAACACACAGGCCAGAUUUCCCUCUGUUCAGGGCAGAGUGUGGCAUAAGAUGAAUUAAGAUGAAGCUUGAGGUUAAUUAAAAAAGAAGCAUUUGGUAAACAGUCCAGGCACCUGUCCUCCUGCCCAGAUCUGUGCCAGGCACAAGGCCAAAGAGGUGAAUGAAAGUGGUGUGUGAUUAUCGAGCACACGCAGUACCCGGCUCUGUGUUGGGGCCAAAUCUAGCUGCCUUUCUUGGCCAAAAAGAACUUAUCAUCAAUAUGGAACAAGCAGCCCAACCCUGGGUUCCUAGAAGGAGCCUUAGAGGUCAUCCUGCCCAGGCCUCUGGCCACAGGCAGACUUCCCGGGUCCCUCCUCUGGGCAGGUUGGGAGAGUCCAAACUCUCCCUCCACCAAGCACUCGAGUGUUUAGAGAAAGACGCAUGGGCAGCAGAUGGAUGGGCCGACUGAUCAGAUAGACACGUGCUGACGGAACACCUGGAGGCAUUGUGAAUUAGACAUCUGCAGCCCAAGUUCACAGAUCCCUGACAAUCACCCACUGGCCAGGAAUUGAAAUGAACUGAGCUUGCUGACUUACUUCCCAGAAGACCUCAGACAUGUGUAUGGAAAUCUGCAUGGCUGGGGCACUUGAAUUCUCCUCCCUUCCUGGGCCAGGGAACCACCAUUCAUCUUCAGCCACUCACACGCUUUGGAAUGAUCUAUCCACCACUGUUGACUUUUUUUUCCAGCACAUUCUACAUGCCACGCCUCAUAAAAUGCCCCUGUGGCUCUGAGAGCAUCAUGUGCAUGUCUUAGGACCUUCACAUUUGACCUUGAGGCAGGCAGAGAAGAUGGAAGGACUGAGAGCCAGCAUGUCAGUGGUGGCCCUGAGUGCCGUCCCUCAGGAUAGCUGACUGAGAGACCAAGGGCCUUUCUGGCUCGAGUCAGCGUGGCAGUGUGUCUUCUCCACUCCCUCCAGGCUGUCCUGACGCACCAGCAGCCAGGUGAGGCAGGGCAGUGAAGGUGUGCGAGUCAAGUUGCGGGGAACCACAGAGUGCAUUGAGGCCCCCUCCAUCUCUGAGAUUCAAAGACCUGGAAUCUGCGAAUCAUGGAAGCAUGUACUGACUGGGAAAUUCGGCUUUGCACAGAAAGACUGUGAGUGGAUUUUCCGCUUACAUUACACUGAAUGCUCUGUCAUCCACUUUCUGGCCUCAGCUAGAUUUGGGCAAGCCUCGGGACUCAGGAAACUUGUCCCAUUUGCCUGGUCUCUGGCCUGGGGCCAUGGUCACAAGGGAUCCCAAAGAAAGGUCCUCCACCAAAUGGAAAGUUUAUGAAAAUACCGUGAAUGACGAGAGAGGGUCCACCUGAGAAUGGCAGCUUUGCUGGUAUCCUGUGUAGCGGAGAACAGAAUUGGGGCUGGGGACAUGCCCCUCAGCCUGGCAUUCUACACCCUCCACGAUCGGGCCCUGCUGACCAUGCCAGCCUCUCCUCUCACCUCUCCUGCUCUGUGCUUAGCCAGACUGAAGCCUAUUUGUCACUUCCAGAAUAGACAGAUGUUUCACACGUGCUACUUCCUAGGCCUAGAAACACCCUUUUCUUGCCCCUUAUCCUCUGAGGAUCAACUCAUUACGUCCUCCAGGAAGCCCUCUGAGUUGAGACUGUGUCUCUGCUCUCCUAUUGGACUGUGAGCUCCUCGGUGGCAAAGGUCACAGGCCUUCAUCUUUGUAUCCUCAUUGGAUACACAGAUGGCCCUCAAAAAGUUGUGGAGAGGGACAGAGGAAGAAAAGAAUGAAGGAGACAGAGAGGCAUACCUUAGCUCUGCUGUGGAGUGGUCUCUGCAAAGCCAAAGCUGUCGGCAGAUGGCAGGUGCCCCACAGGUGGGGAGUUUCUGUCCAAGAGGAGUGUGAGCAGUGGCGGCAGGCCCGCUGGCUGGAGACGUGGUAGGAGAGUUGAAGUCUUGGUGAGGGAGUCGGGUAGGGUCCCUCCUGGCUCUUUAAUGCUCAGGUUCUUUGAACAUUGUUAGUUUUCCAAAAAUUCAUCUAAGCAGCCAAAAAAAAUCACCCAGGCUGGCUGUCUAAACCAGUAAGUUUCAGAAAUCGGUCCAGCCCCUCAGCCCGGCACCCCAGCCCCUCCGUUCAUCAGCAGCCCCGCCGGGCCUGAGGUGAAUUGGCAGGCUUGCCUGCUUCCCUGAGGUUGGGGACUUCUGGGCAGUGGGGGAGGGCUGGACUGGAGCCUAGGCCCCUGGUCCCAACCCAGAGUUCCUUCUCUCCUUCAGCCCCUGACACUAGGGGAGGGAGAAGGGAUUCAUGAGAACCCCUGAGCCCUACCUGGCCCUCUCCCUGGAGCAUCAGCACACCCUCAUCUCCCCCUACUCUUCCUCCAAAUGUGGGCUCUUCCUUUCCAGAGAUAUUCUAGAAAGUCCUUCAGUUUGCUGGGUGACCUUGGGCAAACUGCUGUCGCUCUCUGAGCCUACAUCUCCUCAUCUGUCAAAUGGAGACUUUGGGCUACCUGGGCUGUUCUGGAGACCUGGGGGAGUGCUGUAUGCAAUCUUGGGGCUCCAUGAGGGUGAGGUGCCACCACUCCCUAAGCCCAGCAUUUGGCUUUCCUCCCAGGACUCGCAGGCUGCUGUGGAGUCGGGUGACAGAGUAGCACACCUUGGAGGGCCCCUCUAUCCCCAGUCCCGCUGCGGGGAAGCUGGGCUUCCAGCAAGACCCAAGUCUAAGACGGUCCCAAUAGGGCUCUCAGACAUCUUGGGCCCCCAGUGGCUGGGGUGGCAGGGCUGGCUCUUGGCCAAGAGUUGUUCUAGCCCAGAGCAGGGGAAGCCAGUGCCCCUGCCCCAUUCCUGGGCCUCAAAGGGAUUGCAGGGCGUCCCGACCUGUCUCUCAUUGUGUGACACAAGCUUCAAAUCUUAAUGUAUUUGAAAGGUAUUCAUGAUGUUCUUUUAAUCACCUCUUUCCCUCACUUCUGUGAAUUAUCAUGAAGAGUUCUUUAAGAAUAUAAUAGAAGACAAAGAAAGAUGCUAUUAAUGUUAUUUUGCCAAAAAUAUUUUUGUAGCAUAAUAUAUUAAUAAAAGAUGUAAUGAAUU